AUGGCCUCGAAAUUCCUUCCUAGACCUUUGUUGCGGCUGGCGACACCUGCUCAACAAUGUCGUUUCUACUCCAGACCCUCCGCUUCGAUAUUCAGAGCUUCCCCCGCCUCACGUCGAGCUGGUCGCAGCCUGUCACGAGCCACACGACCACUUUUUGUUGCAGGCCAAAGGCGAUCCAUUUCUGCUAGCUUGCAGCGACGCUACGCCGAUGUCGAGGAAGACGAAGGCUUCGACCCAGCCUCCGUUGAACGCGAAUCCGACGAGGUCGAUGUCUGCAUCGUCGGCGCUGGCCCAGCGGGACUGAGUGCUGCCAUUCGAUUAAAGCAAUUGGCCAAUGACGCGGGGAACGAAGAGUUUCGCGUUGUCGUCCUGGAAAAAGCUGGCGAGGUUGGUGCACAUAUUCUGUCCGGCAAUGUGCUGGAACCCAGGGCUAUAAAUGAGUUGAUCCCGGACUGGUUGAGUGAGGAGAAUGAAAAUCGAUUUACGCAGGCCACACCUGCCGGGUCAGAUAAGAUGCGAUUCUUGACAAAAUCAAGUGCAAUUCCUAUACCGGCACCUCCGCAGAUGCACAACGAAGGCAAUUACAUCAUUUCUCUGAGUCAGUUUGUCAAGUGGUUGGGUGAAAGAGCUGAAGAGGUGGGCGUCGAAAUAUAUGCCGGUUUCGCGGGUGCCGAGAUUCUCUACAACAAUGAAGGCGCAGUCAAGGGGGUUGCCACAAAUGAUCAAGGUGUGGGAAGAAAUGGAAAGGCGAAAGCCAGCUUUGAGCGAGGGAUGGAGUUCCAUGCCAAGGUUACGCUCCUGGCCGAAGGAUGCCAUGGCAGCCUGACCAAGCAAGUGUCCAAGAAGUUUGAUCUGAGGAGGGACUGCCAGCCGCAAACAUAUGGGCUCGGACUCAAGGAGGUCUGGGAAAUCCAACCGGAAAAGUUCAAGAAGGGGCAGAUUUCUCAUACCAUGGGGUAUCCGCUGUCGAAGAACGUUUAUGGUGGCGGAUGGAUGUAUCACUUCGGAGAAAACCUGGUGAGUCUGGGGUUGGUCGUCGGCCUCGACUAUGCCAACCCCUGGAUCUCUCCCUACGGCGAAUUCCAGCGCAUGAAGCUCCAUCCAUUUUACAAGUCCGUGCUGGAAGGCGGCAAGUGCAUUGCAUAUGGCGCUCGCGCUCUCAACGAAGGUGGCUUCCAAUCGAUACCGAAAUGUGCGUUCCCCGGAGGUGCCCUGAUCGGCGACACUGCUGGCUUCCUCAACGUACCUAAGAUCAAGGGCACGCACACGUCGAUGAAAUCUGGCAUGUUGGCUGCUGAAGCCGCGUAUCAGGCUCUCGCAAACAACAGCGAAACAAGCACUAUCUUCCUGUACAACUAUGAGGACGCCCUUCGGGAAAGUUGGAUCUGGCCUGAACUGAAAGCCGUGCGCAACAUGCGACCCUCUUUCCACAACCCUCUCGGCCUUUAUGGUGGUAUCAUGUACUCUGGUUUGGAGGCUUUCGUCUUCCGUGGCAUGAUGCCCUGGACUCUGAAGCACAAGCAACCCGACUGGGCGGCCACUAAACCCGCCGACCAAUUCAACAAGAUCGAGUAUCCAAAACCUGAUGGCGAAAUCACCUUUGAUAUCUUGACUAGCGUCUCACGGACUGGAACCAAUCAUGAAGAGGAUCAGCCUGUGCAUCUGCAGGUGAAGGAUUGGGAUGCACAUGCGCAAAAGGAGUGGCCGAAGUACAAAGGCGUCGAGAACAGGUUUUGUCCUGCCGGCGUGUAUGAAUAUGUCGAAGAUGACACCAAAGAUAUCGGGGUGCGGUUUCAGAUCAACUCUCAGAAGUAA